AUGUCGGACAGCGACCAGCUCCACGACAGGGCAGCAUGGGCGAGGCCACCGGGCAACUCCUCUGGAGUCCGCGCAGAACGCGCCCCGGAUAAGCUGCACAAUCCGGUAAAGUCUACAGACGUCGAAGGCCAAGCUCAAGACUGCCGCCCUGCCGAGUCUAUGACCAGCAAUCGUUUUGGAUUCGGCUUCCUUCUCUUAUCUAUCUAUCUAUCAAUAUUUCUAAUCGCCUUGGACCAACUGAUUAUUUCGACUGCGAUACCUCAGAUCACCAAUGACUUCCAUUCUAUCGAAGACAUAGGGUGGUACGGCUCAGCCUACCUGCUGACAAGCUGCUCCUUUCAGCUCUUUUUUGGCAAAAUUUACACUUUCUAUUCCGUUCGAGUUGUCUACCUGAGCGCAAUCCUGCUUUUUGAAAUAGGUUCUGCGAUCUGUGGUGCCGCGCCGAGCUCCAGUGUUCUCAUCGGAGGCCGGGCAGUUCAGGGCGUCGGGGCGGCGGGCAUGUUCUCUGGCUCGGUCAUUGGUAUAGUCCAUACGGUUCCUUUGAGUCAGCGGCCUCUAUACAUGGGACUCUUUGGAGCCAUGUCUGGGAUCGCCUCCAUUAUGGGGCCCCUUGUUGGUGGAGCUUUUACGUCAAAUGUGUCCUGGCGAUGGUGUUUCUACAUCAAUCUUCCCUUCGGCGCUGUCUCGCUGGUGUUGAUCGCAACGCUGCUGCGCGUGCCGCGAGGAAACACUGAGAAGCUUUCUUGGAAAUCAAGGAUAUCACGGCUAGAUGCUGCCGGCACUACUUGUCUUGUCCCUGGUGUCGUUUGUCUGCUGUUAGCUCUUGAGUGGGGAGGAGUGCUAUACGCCUGGAACGAGGGCCGAAUUAUAGCCCUGUUGACACUUUUUGGUGUUCUACUGGUUGCCUUCAUCCUCAUCCAGGGCCUUCUGCCGGAAACGUCAACCAUACCGCCCCGGAUCUUUAAACAGAGGUCAAUGUACACCGGAUUCGCGGCAAUCUUCUGCGUUGGAGCGCACAUGAACUUGUUCCUAUACUUCCUCCCCAUCUGGUUCCAAGCGAUUCAAGAAGUCUCGGCUGUGCAGUCAGGCAUUCGCCUUCUGCCAAUGACCCUGUCAACCAUUGUAGCGUCGAUAACUGCCGGGGGAGCCAGCGCGUCUGUUGGCUUAUACACGCCUUUUCUUCUCAUUGGAACAUGCCUGAUGGCGAUCGGCGGAGGGCUUCUUAAUACACUACAGCUCGAUACCGGUAUCGCAAAGUGGGUCGGGUACCAAUUCCUGUACGGUUUUGGGCUUGGAAUGAGUAUCCAAGUUCCAAACCUCGCUGCCCAGACGGUGCUACCAAUGCAUGAUGUACCUGUUGGCACUUCUUUAAUGCUGUUUGGUCAGCUCCUAGGAGGUGCCAUGUUUGUUUCGGUCGGCCAAACGGUCUUCAACAACGGACUGAUCACAAGAUUGUCUGCAUUCCCAGAAUUUGACUCAUCCAGCGUUGCGCGAAGUGGUCUUACAACCCUGAGUAGUUCGCUUCCAGCCGAACUCAGAAAGCCAAUCUUGGAGGCAUACAACGAAGCUCUCCGCGAUGCCUUCCGCGUGGGCCUGGUUCUUGCGUGUCUUACUAUCAUCGGCGCAGCAGGCAUGGAGUGGAGAAAUGUGAAGGCUAAUGAGACGGAAGCCAAGGCAAAUGGUGUCGGGGAAAGGGGUACUGGAGAUAUGCAGAAGGCUCAAGAGCAUACAUAA